AUGGUGGCAGAUCUGGGAGAUCUCUUGGCCAAGGUGCUCCCCACCGGGGUUGAGCUCACCGUUCGCCAUGUCUCUUCAACACCCACUCCAUGCGAAGCUCUGUUUGCAGCUGCGCCGGGCCAGCUCUCCGAACCGACACUCUGCGAAAAUCAUUUCCUCUCGGUGUCAAUUGACUCUAAUGAUGAUGGUGAGACAAUUAUCUUCGGGAUGGAGGUGAUGGUCUACAACACGGCCCACUUGACCACUAUCUUCAUCUCUAAAGCCGACUCAACUGGUUUCCUGCAUCUCCUAAAAUUGCCAAGCAAGGUUUCUGUCCUGAGACUGGUCUCCAAUACCUUUCUCUCGUUUCUGGCUCAAACCCGUCAACGGCCUGGCGUACGUCUGGUCGUGUCGUUGUUCGCCCGCGCCCAGAAUCAGUACCUGUUCCCGGGCAGCAUUGAGAACGCCGAAAAGCACGUUCUGGACGACCGAGGCCUAAUUAAGUGGUGGUGUCGUGUGCUAGAUCCGAUUUUACGCGAGCACGAGCCAGAAUCGGCUCUUCAAGAGACGAAAACGCUGGAUCAAACAGUCGAAGCUGCCAAGGCCUCUGCCACUGCAUACUUGAUCGUUCCAAGCUGUGACCGCUUUGAAACACGAAAUUUCUUCCCACCUACGGCCAAAACCGAUCCGCAAGAUCGCCCACGCUGGCUCAAUAGCUACCCACUCAAGCAAUUGUACCACGACCCCUCGGCUCCUCCUCGCUGCUUGGUACCUCGUUUCCCCGAUGAUCCCAAGACUCGUUUCCUCAUCGACCUGGACGGCGAACUGCCCGAUGAGAAUGAAGGCCAGCCUGUCGGCCCUAAUGCCGGACGUUGGCGCAGUGUACGGUCCUUGGACCAAUUCUGGGAGAUGAUGUCCUUCCGACAAGAAUGCUCUGCUGGUCGAUUAGUCGGCUUUCUGUGGUUGGUCAUCAACCCUCCUGGUCUGAUGAACUCGACAUCAAUGGAAAGCCAAACACGUGGUAUCUCUGACAGCGGCCUGGUCUCCAAUGAAACAGAGAUUUCUGGGGCCAUUCCAAACGAGGAGAAAGUGGAGAAUGGCUCUAGCCAGUCCGAAGAAAAUGCCACCUUGACGAAGGCAACAACAAAUUUCACCACCGCCGAUACCUCCCCCAAGCUUCCCCGGGAUGAUGCAUCUACGUCUGUCAACCCCUUCGACUGGCCAGAGGCCGGACGCGGACAAGUCGUUCUCAGCGAAGCAGACUACAAAAAGAUGAUGGAUUCGGUUCUAGACCAUUUCUAUGACGAAAAAGAAGUCGUCACCAGUACCAGACUCUACGUUGACCAAGUUUCUUCCCUCGCGGACGAGCUUACAUGGGGCAAAAGGGUUGUGAGCAGCAAUACCACGAGUAGCACUGCUUCCCAGCCUGCCAAUGCCGAUCCCAACAAUGUCCUAGAUCUCGGGCUAAUCCGCAAGCGAAAGAAGUCGCUGGGUGAGGGCAACACGCCCGUUGUGAAUGAAGCACAACCGAGUGAAUCGGGAGUCACGCAACCAGCUCCGUCAGUGCCAGCUGGUGUUAAUGUGCUCAAUGCGAGCUUGGUCCGGAAGAAGAAGAAAACAUGA